AUGCAGCACAUUUCACAUCAUCACACAACAGCACUGCUCGGCCGGCGUGUCGUACACACAGACACGACAAAUUCUCCUCAAUCACUGCGAUCUGUUGUCUCCGCUCGACACGAGGUGAGCCGUGACACGAUCGGGCAGGUUGGUGAAAAACGCGCGGAAUGACCAAGCAGAUAUUAGCCACGUUACCCGGUGUGACUUCCCUCCACGACUUUCACUCACUUCCUUCAGUCAGAUUUCAAUGAGCAGAGUAAUCAGCGUGACACGAGACAAACAAUCACAAAGCGCCGUCAGUGUUUGAGCGACGGCCCUAAUGUGACAGAUCUGAGAGCAGCGGUGUGUGAGGGACAGGCGUGGCACGCAGCGGAACAGCGAGGCCCGCGGGCUGAUCCCCAAUCAAGACUGGGAAACUGGCUCGACGCCCCUGACACGUCGCCCCUCUGCACAGCCGCCGCUCUCACAUGA